CAUCCAUUUCUCCCUGACCUCAACUGGUCACACAUGCUGUAACUGGAACGCAGACACAAGCAGUUUAAUGUUCAUUACAUUGAUUAACUGUAGCUGCAGCUCCCAGUGUGGAUAUCAGAGAGAAAGCUGAAAAAGAGUUUCUUCUCUUGAGUUCAACAUCAGCCGUCCAGUAAAAGGUAAGAGAGUUUUAUUCUUCAGUAGAAAACCAGGGAUUUCCAUGAGCCCGCUGUGUGUCACCAUGUCUGAGGUUUGAUCUGAGGUAUGGUUGUGUGGGUUGUUGGAGUGGACUACUGGUUUUAUGAGUCCGUGUGGGUUGCUUUUGGAUCUCUGGGGAAAUUACACUGAGUUAAUUAAAAAAGUGUGGCACAGACAAGGUCUAUAAAAGUCCUGUUUCACAUGUGAUCAUGUUGUGGCCUUGAAACAAGUGAGGCCAUUACCAAUGUAAAGACGUGCUGUCUGUAAGAGAACUCUGAUCUUGCAACACAUCCAAGUAUGAAGCAAACUUUAACAUUUAUCUGACUGACUGUUGAAAACUACAAAUUUAGGACUCACUCUGUGGGAAUCAUUGUUCAACCUUCACUUUCAUCCACCUCCCUCUUGCAGGCAGCUACCACACAUCUCACCUGUGUGGGAGAGAAAACCUGUCACACGUGUCAAAGCAGAGACUCUCCAAAUGAUGUUAAACUACAUCCUGGAGCAGCCCUCUGUGAGGUUGUUGAAAAAUACCUUCACCAUGCUUCACAUGUCACUUUUUUGUGCUUGUAGCAGAAGUAAACAGAGACCGAAUACUAACCCGGGUCCAGUCCAACCUUUGUCUCCUGAGGUGUGCCUGACGACCCUCCUGAAUGAAUGAGUGGGUGGGCCCCGACAUUAGUGUGGUGGGACAGCUGGAAAUCCCACCCAGCGAUGAAUUCUCCAUCCCAGAGAGCUCCCACCUGUUUGGUAAGUUUACUGAAGACAAAGCAAGAGAGUGUAACAGCAUGCUAACCUGCAUGUGUGGUAACAACGUUUCAGUGUUUGGGAGGUUGAAUCCAGCAUUCCAAAACCCAGCAUUCUGGAAGCCUCCUUCACUGUUGCCACGCAAUAUUUCUGUCCUUACAAUGACAACUUUGCCCUUUUAAGAACUGUCUGGUGAUGUCACGAUUUGAGCAAAUCUCGUCUUGAUCUCACUGAAUUCUCGCAUGACUUUUUGAACAAGCCAUUCAGAGCACCUUGUACUCCCAUCUGGGAAUAACUUUAACACACAUUAACCUCACAAGCUGAACUUUUGCUCAUGUAUAGUACUGUUGUCCAACAUUUUAACUUAAAAUUUGUUUUUAAAAGCAUGAUACUACCUCAUUAAGAGGAAGGUAACUUCUGGGUGACUAGGAUAGCAUAUGUUAUUGCAGAUGUAUAGUAAAAAUAUAGUUUUUUGCACAAUAAAACCCACCCACCUGUUUCACUCUGCAAUAAGAUAGAAAAGUAAAUUGAGAUCAUCAAAGCUACACUGUUACACUUGGUGAGUUUUGUAUACCAAAUUAAAAUGGGUUAGCUCGGAUUUUGCUAACUGUUAUUGCGAGGUAGCAAUAGGAAUAAAAACUAAGCUGUAUUGUAUGAUUGUUGUUGAUUGGACACAUCAAGGUGUUUUGACUUACAAUUAACAAACACAAAACAACAAAAUACCCAAUCUGUUGAAUACAAAGACAAGGUCAUGUAAAAAUUUCCACUAAAAAUAAUUAAUCUAUCAUACUCUGUCAUAGAUUUAUGUCAUUUAGCUUAAACUGAUCCAUCAAAAGCAAACAUGCAAAAAAGGCGCAACAUGCCACACAGUGAGAGACAUAAUGAUCAUUUUAAAACGCACAGAUUGCAGCCUGUAUUGACUAUUUUCUAGAGGAAUUAUUUAUACAUAUAACAUGGUGUGAUUCAUAUCUGAUUAUUUACUGUCACAACAACCAAUCAACAACUCACCAUUUUUCUUCUGGCUUCACAAGACACACCUCUGGCAAAUAUAUGAACACUAUUGCACCAUAGGCAACACUCAAAAGGGAGUAAAAAGUACCAGCAAAGCAAACAGAAAAGUGAAAUGGAAAGCUGUAAUGCCAAGGACGUGUUUCUCAGGAUUGAGCCCUUUUUGAACUGUUAUGAUAUCAACAAUCAGUAUAUCACCGAACAUACAGAAACAUGGCUCCUGUGAACAGUAAAAGUUGUUUCCUUUGAGUGAAUUUUUACAAGUGCGGCCAAAGCACACAGUGUCAUUCAGUCAGUAGCAUUGCCCAAACUGGGAAAUGACUUAACACAUGGGCUAGCUACUUGUAAUGAUGUCAAGAAAUGUGACUGUGUGGUUAAUGAGUAGCUGUGGCAACCUUUGUUCCUCCUGGGAUUUCUUAAGCUGAAGCCAUAGCUCUUCUGGACUUCAUCUGACGAUCUCAGGACUUUAGAGGAAAGUUUAUCCUCAAGAUGAAUACAUGGACAAAGAUUCGCAAGUUAGAUUUAAAGAAAGGAGUGAUCUACAAAACUCAGCUGGAUUAAGAGAGUCAAGGGUCAAAAGAGUUUGUAUGAGAAGUAACACGGACAUGGCCAUGGUCCAGACUAAAUCGUCAAGAGGUCAGUGUUACAUAUUCUUUUGAGAAAUUGUCAUGUUUUGUGUCAGACAGACCUGACAGUAUCUCGUUUGUCAGCUGGGGGAUUAUUUGUGUGGACUUCUCAUUGUUCAGCUACUCCACCCUCGGCUGUUCCUAAAUCAGAUGUCAGACACUAUAAACCAAAAUACCAACUUGUCUGACGCAGAGUUACAUGCCACUCUGAGAGGCACAGUGUGCUCUGAGCAAGCCAGUUGUUAAUCAUUUAUGGGUUUAUAGUAUGUGCUGUGUGUGUGUGACUGACUACUGCAGAGCUAGUUUCUGUUCGAACAAGCUUCUGCCGAACAUACUUGAAACAGUUUUCUUAUCAGAAGAAAGGCUUUAAUGACACGACUAUCAUGUUACAAAGACUAUAAAAGUUAAGACAAUGCACGGUUGUGCAAAUAGGAAUAAAAACGUCUUUGUAGGACAUUUGUUAAUCAAAAUGGACUUCAUUUAGGAUUUGACUUCUUUAAACACUCAAUAUGUCCAUAUACUGCUCGAAGAAUCUUCUUCUAAAUGUUUCUUGUUACGCCCCACACAAGGGUGGCCCUAUGGAGCUAACAACAAUCCACACAUUCACACAAUAAAAGUAACAUAAAACACCUUCAAGUUUACCAAGGAUUUAUUUCAACCAAAGAUAACACAAAUUAACUAAACACAAAGAACCCACAACACAAAUGAGAGACAAAAAGGGAAACACACACACACACAUACAUAGACAUUUCUUUAAUCUAAUAGUCACAGUACUGUGAAAAGGGCUCAUUAUAAAUGAUAAUUUUACGUUCAGUCCAGAUUCAGUAUUAUGGUCUCUAUAGGUUAAUUUAGCACUUUGUUUAGCCACGCUGUUGUGACACAUGCAGAAUGUGCCUUUGCUUUGUCUUUCUGAAAUAAGCUUGGAUGUCCCUGAAAAAGAUGUGGCUUGAAUGGCUGCUUACUCACAAAUCUGUAUGUACCUUUAGGCAUUAAUGGAGCCUUUACAGUGGUGACAGAUACCCAUGCAAUGGGCACAAACACACCUCCAUACCAUCACAGAUGCUGUUUUUUGAACUUUGACCUGAUAACAAGCCGGAAUGUUUUUUAAGUUGCAUGUUCAUCUUCUUACUUUCUCUUAGAUAUCCUGGCAGAUCAAAACAGUCCUCUCCUGCAGGAGCCCGACAUCUUACCCUUUUCCGUCUAUCCCAGCAUGCAGUACCCUUCCAUGGAGCCGGCCAUGUCUUCAACAACAUACUACUCCAGUCAGAACUACUACCCUCAGUACAAUGGAGAUGAAUGGUACGCACAAACAGGGAUAUAUGAACUAAGGAAAGGACCCCUGGAGGUUAGCUAUGAUGCUGAGAUGGAGGAAACGUCUGUCGUGGUGCCUGCUGUGUGCAAGAGGACCCGGCACAUGUCACAGGCAGGACGAGUCAAAGGGGAGGAACUAUGUGUGGUGUGUGGAGAUAAGGCCUCUGGGUACCACUAUAAUGCUCUUACCUGUGAAGGGUGUAAAGGUAAGGCACUCUUGUCUUCUACUCAGUAUCUAACAACCCCCCCAGAUGGGCUCUGAGUUUGUAUCUAUAUAAACUGCUGAAUUAAGCUAUCCCACAUUUAUACAUUUGUUAAUAUAGGUAUAAAGAAUAACCAAACAGAGGGGCAAUAUUAACACUUUUAAUGCAUCAUCCUUUAAAGCUCCAAUGAGGAAUAUUUAGCUUGUACAAUUUUUUUGCACCCUUGUGAACAAAGCAGAUGUUGCUUAGCUUGUCCUGUGCUUGUUAAAGAAGUUUCAUCUCACAAAAAAUUGACUUUUCACAGUCAAAUGUACGAGUUAUUGUGAAUAUUUAAUGUUUACAAAUCUUAAAACAGCUGCAUACCUGACCCCUAACUCCUUUAAAGCACUUAAGGCAUAACAGUCAUUAAUCUUGUUGCUGAUGUCUUGUUUGCUUUUGUAUAUCAUAAAAAGGUAUCAGUAUGAAUUUCAGUCUGUUUCAUAAAGAUAAAAAAACACAUAAGCUUUAAGGACUCAAAAUCUCCAAAAGUACUACUAACGAAAACAGACUGCAUCAAUUCACUGAGAGAGCAGCCUGUUACAAGCGAGCACCAGGAGGUGAUCAGAACUUCCUGUAUUUGAUGUCAGAUAUCCAGUCAAAGAGUUUUAUGGUGGCUGAUCAGAUUUCAGAUGAACUGAGUGAGGUGAUGGUGUUUUUUCAUUAUGCCACACAUUGUUGUACUUUUUAUUAUGUAAAAGAUUGUCUUUAGGCACAGAUGAUGGCAGCUGUUGUUAGGAGAGUAAAAUAAAGCAUUUUCACUAUUUUAGCAUAUACGCAUGCUGAGGUAGGUAUAUUUGUCUAAGAGGCAGAUGAUUAACCUGAAGCAAUAUUUAUGGUAAAACCAGGUUGAGCACUGUUCAGUCCCUCCUCAGUUAUCUCUCAUAAACAUGCUGGUAAAGGCAAGCAUAUCUGUGUUAUUCUGGCUCAUGUAGAAAAGUCCAUGUCUAGGUCUUUAGAAGCUCCACCCAUGUUGAUAUGACAUGGAGGAAAUGCUGUGAGCCCUGCCAAACAAAUGAAUUGGUAUUAGUGUAAUUCCACACUGUGAGGCUUGUCAAUGCCAGCAGUGCGGCAUUUGGCCCGUUCUGCCUUUCGACUGAGAAUAGGUUCAGGUCUACCCAGUACUGUUGCCAGAUUGGGUUCCCUCUCAGCUUUCCGCUGCACAAUGCAGGAGGCAACCUGAGCUCAGUUACACUAAUGCAUGUCAUUCUGCUUAAUGUUCUCUGUCAGAAUGUCUAAGAACUGCUCCAAAGUUAUUCCGUGUGUGUGCGUGUGCGUGUGUGUGUGUGUGUGUGUGUGUGUGUGUGUGUGUGUGUGUGUGUGUGUGUGUGUGUGUGUGUGUGUGUGUGUGUGUGUGUGUGUGUGUGUUAUGCUCUGUCGCUCUCUCUGUCCUGAUCAUCGCCAACAGCCUUCACAGGGUUCUCUCUGUGACAUGAUAUGAACCAUGUAUUUCAUCAAGGCUUUAUCGCCCUUGUUAUUUAUCCUUUCUGUUUGAAAAAGCUGUCAUUCAUGAUCAGUAUUCUAAUUAUCAUAAUUGAUAUAACAAUUGAUAUAAUGGACAAUGUUUGUGGAAGUGCUGCAUGAACCAGGGAAGAAUUUUCUCCUUGAAAAAGAAAUACAAAACAGGCCCCUUGUACAACCACCUGAUGAAUAUGCACUAUAUAUAUAUGUGUGAAAGGUUAAAUCUAUAUACAAAUGUUUUAUUCAUGGUUUGUUUCUACUGCUGCCCAGUGGCUGAAACAUCAAUACAGACUGAAGUAUCAGGGUAUAAUAGGCAGAGUAAGAUUUUUCAGUGUGUUUAUUAUGAUACUAUUGUUGCACUAUUGUGAGAAGAGCCAUCUACUGUCAUUGUAAAGCCAGACAGAUCAUUUAGAAUACUGUAUAAUACUGUAUACUGUAUAGAUGUUGAGAUAUAAUAAAGUAGACAAAGAUGAUAAAGGCGGAUUUUCCAAGUUCUCAGUAAACGUGUGGCACUUGAUGUAUCAUAUAGUUUGUGGAUUAGCAUAGACGUUUUAUACAUAGAUUUAGUUUGAAUGAAUUCCCAGUGAGGUUUUCAGUAUGGGUUUAUAUGGGAAUGAUUUGCUAAGCUAGAUACUGAGAUAUUUUUAUGUUUGGACUAUUUCAAUAUUAGUGUGGAUAGUUGCAGACAGCUCAAAACAUUACCUCUAGUCCUGGAGAAAAGCAUCAAAUAGUUUUGCUUGGGUUAAGACUAAUAAGUAUGUUCUAUAUGUCGAUAACACAAAGCUUCUACUUCUCAAUGGCAGGCUGUAAAGAGUUAACAGAAUAAUACAGAACAGUGUCAUCUGCAUAAACAACAUAGCCAUCAUUAACUACAAUGAGAAAGCUCUGGGAGUAUCAUCUCCAUUUUGUUGUACUGUUGUCUUUAUAAACAGUAUAAUGACCAUUACAUCUUUGUUUCUUGUGAAAAUGAGUACAACAGCAGUAUCGUAGAUUCAUAAAGUAGAUUCAAGAGACAAUAAAGUACAAAUACUUUGAAAAUAACCAGUAAUAUAGUCCCAAUAAUACAAUGUAUACUGUGUGCCCCAUUAGAAAAUACAGACUUUAUAACACCCUGCUUUUGAUCAUGUUAAUGUUGUCCGUUGUCUCUCACUUUCAGGUUUCUUCAGACGCAGCAUAACAAAGAACGCAGUGUACAAAUGCAAGAAUGGUGGAAACUGUGAGAUGGACAUGUACAUGCGCAGAAAAUGCCAGGAGUGUCGCCUCAGAAAGUGCAAAGAGAUGGGCAUGUUGGCUGAAUGUGAGUACCUCUGAUAGUUAAUGCUGAAUAAAUGUUCAUUAGCACAAUUGUUUCAAUAAAUACUCAUGCACUGUUUUAGAUUGAUCUGUCCACACACUGUACAGGUAUUGCACUGAGUAUUUUCCCCUGAGUGGCUCUCAAAGGCUGUUGUGGGGAGCCCUCAUUUUCCAUUCUGACACAGGCUGUUAAAUUUUACUGAGGGAUUGAGUGUCACAAGUCACACAAUAGAAAGGUGCAGCUUUUGUUACUCUUACAGGAACAGAAGCAGGUAAACCGAGUCUUUAAGCUCCGUUUAGGAAGAAUCAACACCUUUAAUGUGUCCGCAGACUUUACAUUGAGGCGCUGUUUUCCUUAAAAGAUAUCAUAACACUUUUGGCUGUGCUGGAAUGUGUUUUUUUUAUACAAACUGAGCAAAAUGCAGUAUGAAAACUGAGCUGUCUGUAAUGAACACAGACUUUUAUAGUCCUUGGAGGAUUGUUAGUUUUCUGAGUCUAUUACAAGCUGUCAGCUGAAAAGAGCAGCGGGAUGGACUGGACUCGUGUUGCUCAUAAAUAGUGCAGGGAAGUUGCGAUGAAUAUUGCAGGGCAGCAGCCAGGCAUUCAUGACUCUACCCACCAGUGCAACAAGAGCUUAACGAAUGAGACUUCAUUGGUCUUAGCAUGAAAAGACAGACACCAAUUUUAGUAAAGAUACCCCCCUCUCUUUAAUUCCAGUCACGUUGCCAAGAUAAAAUGAAAAGGUUUUAUAAUCUUAUGCAUUAUUUGUUGAACAAGUCACUGUUAGCUGUAGUUAUCAGGAUGGAUGGUGCUGGAGUGAGAAUCAAAAAAGACAGACACAUAACAUUACAUUACAAAGGCUAUGAUGAAUGGUUUUAAAAUUUUAAUCUCUUAUUAAGCUCCUCGCCCCAUGAGUCAGUCUUAUUCCAUUUAAAUGAUAGAUGAAAGUGAAAAUGUGCAAAUGCUGGUGAGGAAAGAGCUGUGAGGUAUUUAACACACAAAGUGAAGCCUUCAUCACUGCUGGCAGGUCUGCUGACAGAGAUCCAGUGUAAGUCGAAAAGGCUGCGAAAGAACACCAAAGCCUCUCCAGGACCGUCCACAGGGGACGAGACGGAGGGGGCGGAGAACACGGACAGCAAACAGGUCACCUCAACCACCAAACUGCCAAAGGUAGCCUCUAUAGUGUUUUUACAUUUCUUUCUAUAUACGUGUUCACAUGGGAUUUUAUUUAAAAUCCCCUGAUUCUGUUUUAUAAUUUUUGUUUGUUUGUUGUUUUUGUAUCAAGAAGAAAGUUGAAAUCACCAAAGAACAGCAGACGCUCAUGAAGAUCAUCGUAGACGCUUACAACAGGCAUCAAAUUCCUCAAGAUGUGGCCAAAAAACUGGUAUGCUAACAUCAAUAUCACCUCAAACUUCUAUUAUAAGUAUUUAGGGCUCCAGAGAAGAAAUUUGGUGUCACCUAUACUUAGACAAGAACCUUAGAUGAUCUCACCUAGUUCAAAUUGUGUUUUUCAGACGGUUGAUAAAAAAUCCUUGUCAAAGGUAAACAUAUCGCUCACCAUGAGUAUUUGCAUCAGAAAUUAAAAAUGGAGGCUGUUUUAGCUGCUUUUGAUUGCCUUGGAGCUAAUAUUCACACACCAGCAGUUUAGGCAUCAAGGAUCACUACAAAGACGUAGCUAUACCCAGUGCAUGUCUGGCUUAUUUUGUAGCUUGAUGAAGCGUCAUGUCCAAUUUUUUUAUUGUUACUCCUGUUUUUCCUCCAGCUACAAGACCAGUACAGUGCAGAGGAAAACUUCCUCCUGUUGACAGAGAUGGCAACAAGUCAAGUUCAAGUUCUGGUGGAGUUCACAAAAAAUAUUCCAGGUACUGUUUCCCAGUUUUGGAUCUUUAAGAAUAAAGAAAUCUUAGCAUUAUAUACUAACACUGUGAUAUCAGUCCAAAUACAUCUGAAUAGUGGUUGUAAUGCCUCUGUCAGGCUUUCUCUCUCUGGAUCGAGAGGAUCAGAUCGCCUUGCUGAAAGGUUCGGCUGUGGAGGCCAUGUUUCUACGCUCAGCUCAAGUUUUCAGCAGAAAGAUGCCCAGCGGACACACAGAAGUGUUGGAGGAGAGGAUACGCAAGAGUGGUGAGUCAGUUGGACUGCUGCAACUCACACACUCUUGGUGCAGAAGCCUGAAGAGUUCCGUCAAAACUCAGAGAGUGAAACUUUGCAGCUCCUUGAGCUUUUACUCAAGGCCUUCUCAAAGAAGUUCAUGUCAGUGUGCAAUCACUGCAUCUUUACUCCUGACUGACCAGGGAUCAGACCUUUGAAUCUCUUCACUCCACGUGUCUGGCAUCAAGUAAAUUCAUGACCUUUAAGAUUCCAGGCACAGCAGGGAGUUUGUGCGGCAUCACGACAUUCGUGUUUCCACCUGCGGCCCAGCAGUCAGAUCCUCCUUUAAUUAUUGAUCCGACUGAUCUGUGUGAUGCAGCUGGGAGAUGUGUGCUGACCUGUUGAUCCUGGCUGGGUGUCAGUUACACUUACACACACACCCUUACUGGGUAUAGUUUUACUUUUGGCAUGCACACUGGUAAGAGAGAGCAUGCAAGGCAAAUUAAGGUCUUAACUGGAUUUCUUUUACUAAUUGAAACAAUCAUAGAAGCGGUUGGUCCAUGGCAAAGUUUUCCUUAGAUUCAGUGUUUUUGUAGUUUCAACAUUAAGUGUAUCCCAUGUCAAAUAGUAUUCUGCCCAGUGGUUUCAAAGUCAUUGAUAUUAAUGUGAGUUGUCAUUAUGUCAACCAGGCUGGACAGUUAGACGGACAGCAGCAGUCCCUCGGUGCAGCUUGUGUGUGAAUGGUUGCGAUAUUCCCGCUAAAGGCCAGUCUGGGAGAAUAAGGGAGCAGAGCUGUCUGAAGGCUCCAUUGUUUGUUAUCUAAACAUCAAGAGUGCUUUUGUCCACUUUUCUCCCUCUGAGCCCCUCUGGCAUUUCUGAAUGCUUGAUGAUGUGUCUGAGCAGACAGAAACCCUCAGCCAGUUUGGACAGUAACAAAAUUAUGAACUGCUGCCAGUGUGUGAGAGAGGAAACUCAGCAUAAAGGUUUACAGUUAUUAGGCAAAAAGCUUGAAACAAUUCUACCAAUUCAUUAAAAAAAGACAAAUGCAGCUCACAGUAAGAGGGUUCAGGGUUCAAAGUUGCCAACUUCUGUUUUAAGAGCAGCUUCAAAUGCUUGUUUUUUAACAGAGAGAUUUAUUUCUGAUGAAGCUUCCCAGGAUGUCAGGAAAUUGUUCCAGUGAUGUUAUACGAUGUAAUUUCAAGCAGGUUUGUUGCACAAAAUAAAAUAAUCAUCCAGAACUGGUUAUCACGUGCACUAUAACUACAUCAAUGCAAGAUUACCUUGGAUUAUGAUCCACCUGCUUUUGCUCUCCAUACAUUCUGUAUUUCCAACAUAUACCAAAACCUGCUGAUACAUGAUUUGUCAAUACUACCCAGACAAUGAAUAUAUAGGAAUAGUAACCAGAACACUGCCUCUGCUAAAAGUUUUUUUUUCUCUCUCUGUCUGAAGUAAAAGCUGCACUUUUUGAAUCACAACAAUACGACUGACAGUAUCUUAAGUACACCCCUAAGAGUGUGGUGGGCAACACAGCUGUCCCACAGCAAUGGAUCAGCGAAGAGCUGGUACUUUUUGUUUCAUCCCACUGCAGAGUAGACCAUGCUUUUGCAUUAAAGCAAUGUGAAUAGAUAAAGACUCAUCAGUGCAGUGGUUGGUACUGAUCCUCACACUUACAGCCAAGGGCAUGUACGGGAAGGUGAUGCUGCCUACCCUUCAAUUCCUGUUUGGCCACUCCAAGUGCUGCCCCAAAAUAUCAAACUAUGAUUGGCUAUUUGCCUUGUAAGAAGCAGGAGUUAUAUUACUAGGGCUGUUUAGAAGUGGUUUUCUUUGUACCUCAAUCGUAACUUUGGACAAACCAUUUGUUUUCUGAGAAUUAAGCAAAGAAGAUUUAUAUGUAUAAGAUGGCCAAUACCAGCAAACAUAUAAAGUCCUUAACUUUACCUGAUACAUCAGUAAAGACGUUUGCUCAUCCCUAUUUACCAUAACUCUGUCUGAAAACUGAAUUUAUGUUUUGAUCUGCAGGCAUAUCAGAGGAAUUCAUCACACCAAUGUUCAACUUUUACAAAAGCAUUGGUGAACUUCAAAUGGUGCAGGAAGAACAGGCUCUUCUCACCACCAUCACCAUCCUGACACCAGGUAAGCCACUUCACCACCUUUUGUUUUGAUAUGACAUGUGUGUGCUGUUUUUUUUCCUUAACAACAUCUUUAUCACGAAUGUCCUGAUAUGUAAUGUAUCAUCACUCUGUUAAUCCCCAGACCGGCCUUAUGUGAAAGAUCAGCAGGCUGUGGAGAGGCUUCAAGAAUCCAUGCUGGACUUGCUGGGGAAGCUGUGUGUGCUGCAGCACCCACAGGAGCCACAGUAUUUUGCUCGUCUCCUGGGCCGCUUGACAGAGCUGAGAACUCUUAACCACUACCACGCAGAGAUGCUAACAUCCUGGAGAACAAACGAUCACAAGUUUACCCCACUGCUCUGUGAGAUUUGGGACGUGCAGUGAUUCAGAGAAGUUUAGACACAUGGAAGAAGACAUAAAGACUUGAACCAAUGAGACAAAGCCAUAAAUCAAACAAAAUGCAGAUUUAUUCUGGAUAGUGUGGAGAUGUGUGAAUUGAAUCUCUGCAUAACCUCUUUGCAUCAGUGAUGAGUUGACUCAAUGAACAGUUGAGUUUAUCCUAUAUGUUUGCUCUACUUGUGGAUUUUGUAUUUACUGAGUGAUUCCUCAGACUGGUCUCGUUAUGGAGACGUGCAAAAUCCUCUGUCUCGCAUAUAGAAAAAUUCUGAAUACCCAGCAUGAUUGGUAUGAAACACUGGAACUUUUUCAAAGCAAAGAUGGCACUUGUAGAAAGUGUCAGGGUUAGAUUAUAUGGAGAAUAAUAAUUUGUUCAUUUAUUUUGUAUUGUAAAACCCAUAGCACUUCACUGAAGCGCUUGCUGUAAAUAUGCAAAAGCUGUAUGUUUUGUCUAAAUAAAUAAGAUGGAUGGAGAAAAGGUU